AUGUUCACUGUAAGCCUGGUACAUCUUGCACUGCGGGUUAUUUUCAUUUACAAUCUGCUGGACUUGGUGGAACAUGAGAAAUGCAACAACCUAGAGAUCAGUGUGGACGAUCAAACACAGUGCAGCAAAAGGAAAGGUUGGGGGGAAAUGUGUUGGCAAAUCAUAAUCUGCCUGUCACUGCUGGCAUUUUUCCCCCCAUGCUACCAGUCCCAGAUGUCCUGUACUCAGUCAUGCAAAGGGCUAGCAGCGUGGAAUGAGAUGACUGGUACGUGCGGUGGUAACAGACAAUCUCCCAUCAACAUAGUGACCAAGAAAACUAAGCAGGAUUCCAGUCUCACCGCAUUCAAAUUCACUGACUACGACAAGACUUUUAACACCAUGCUGAAGAAUACUGGGGAAACUGUUUCACUGGAUAUACCUCUUGGGGCCUCAGUGAGUGGGGGAAAUCUCUCACACACCUACAAUGCUUUCCAACUGCAUUUCCACUGGGGCAACAAUGGUAGUUCUGGGUCUGAACACACACUUGAUGGAGAGCAGUAUCCCAUGGAGCUUGCAGCCUUCUCUAGCCUGAAGUUUAAAGACGGCAAGCCCAUGGUGGACACAUUCAGACCAGUGCAGCCUCGUAAAGGGCGGGUAGUGUAUCGUUCCCACUCUGGUGUAGCUGGAACUGCAAUAAUGGUCAGCUUCACGCUCGUCCUGCUGUGUGUGAGUGCAAGUCUGAGCUGUUACCAGUUCUACUAG